GCACUUACUAGAACCGGAUUGAUAUCAGCCCUCUUGAAGUGGAUCCGUCCAUCGGAGACCAUUUGUGAACAAAGAAAAGCUGAAAUCAGCGAUCGGCCAACGAACAUGGUAUCGGGCCAACUGCCUGUCGUCGAGAGGUGUGCAACUCCCAAUCCGGAUCCACAGCUCUGCGAAGAACGCGAUUCGCAUCCUGGAUGUGACUACAAAGUUACUCAAGAGCAAAAUAUCGGAAGUGGCGAAAGCAACGGCAUCGAGAAAAUAUCGCAGGCCAAGGAGUUGGACACCGCACAGAACGCAAUCAAGCGAAAAGGAAGCAAGCAAUGGCCGCCAGUGCUUUGGGAAGAAUUGCAGCUUCACAUGCUCGACGCGUUUUGUGUGUUGGGUCCAGCGCUGCACGAAGAAUUUCUGAUGUACAACGGUCCAUCCGAUGUUGUCCAGCUGCUACAAUGGUACCAAGAAAACUAUUUUGUUGGAUUUGGGAACAGUUUUCACGGUAGCGGUGGUCGCGGAAAUGGACGGUCUCAAGUUCGUUAUAUGUUGCGAUUGAUCAGAAACUUUAUGGAUUUGGACGACGAACGACUUAUUCAGGCGCCAGCGCAGUUUACGUUGCAAGCACCCAAGUGGUAUGAGAUUUCAAAUGCUGCACCUCAACAACUGCAUUCCUAUUUUCUAUCAUAA